CGGAGACAUUUCUCGGCUUCUGUGAGAAGAAGAUGGUGAGGAAUUCGUGAUAUUUAGGUUUUCGUAUUUUAGUUAUAGUUGAUGAACUAGGAAGAUGGAUUGAAGGGUUUAUGUUGGGUUUCUUAAUCGGAGCAAUGGUUCGUCCAAACAAGACAUGACUGAAUUCAAUGGCGAAGAUUAUCCAUCUAGAACAAUUAUAAGAGAACCAGGUAGACCUCGUGUCAAUAGGAAGAUGUCUUGGAUGGAGAAGAACUCAAAGAAGAAACCUAGAAAAUGUAGUACAUGUGGCGGGACUGAUCACAACAAGACAACUUGUAGAGUGGGUGAAGUUGGAUCCGACUCUGAAGAAGAGAGGCCUAGAACACAGUGUUAUUUUGAUGGUGAAUCUUGGGUUGUGAGAGAUUUAACACCAAUGAAGACGAGGAACAGCGAAAGCAAAGGCAAGACCACAACGGAUGCAACCACAACUGCAUCUUCAGAACAAUCUGCACCAUCUACUUCUUCUGCAGCUGCAACUACAGCUGCAUCUUCAGAACAAUCUGCACCUUCUACUUCUUGCGAUGCUGCUGGCUCUAAACAGAAAGCAGAGGUUAACCAGACUUUCACCGGUUCACAUCAAACUAUCAACCAGACAUUCAGCGGCUCGCAUCAAACUAUCAACCAGACUUUCACCGGCUCGAAUCAAACUAUCAACCAGACAUUCACCGGUUCGCAUCAAACUAACCAGACUUUCACCGGUUCGCAUCAAACUGUCGACCAGACUUUCACUGGUUGUUCGACUAUCAACCAGACUUUCACCGGUUCAGAUCAAACUAUCAACCAGACUUUCCCUGGUUGUUCGAUUGUCAACCAGACAGUCAACAUCGAACCAUCAUCAAAAAGGCAAAGAAAGCUUAAUUCUGAGUAGUGUGCAAGUUUUCUCAUGAAUGUUUUCUUUAACUGUUGUGGUAAUGGCAUUUUUUAACUGUCAGACAAUUGCUAGUGGUGAUGUUAUAGUCAUGGUCCUGGUUUUUAGAAUUUUAUGCAGAACCGUGGACAAUUUAUAGUAGGGGGUCUGGUUUUUAACUGUGUUUUAAAGACGAGCAUCUGGUGAUGUUUGAAGUGUUUGAACAAUGUAGUGCUGUUCUUGCUUUAAG